CAUGGGAACUUCAACUGACCACUACUCUUUACAUGACCUCUGACCUCUUACUAUCCACAAACCUCACCAACGUCACCAACUGCACCAACACCAACUCCAGCUGCACCGUCUCUAGCGUCAAGCUCUCGCCUUAUUACCAACACUCCCUGACAAUAGCAGCCAGCUACACCCUGGCCUACCUGUUCAUCUUCCUGCUGUGCAUGGUGGGUAAUGGCCUGGUGUGCCUCAUUGUUGUGAGGAACCGUCACAUGCGGACGGUCACCAACCUCUUCAUCUUCAAUCUGGCUAUCAGUGACCUGCUGGUGGGCAUCUUCUGCAUCCCCACCACGCUGGUGGACAACCUCAUCACAGGUUGGCCCUUUAGCAAUGCAGUGUGUAAGCUAAGUGGUCUGGUACAGGGGAUAUCAGUGGGUGCAUCAGUAUUCACCUUGGUUGCCAUCGCUGUGGACAGAUUCCGCUGUAUUGUUUACCCCUUUAAGCCCAAGCUAACCCUUCUUGUUGCUAAGGCAACUAUAGGGCUGGUAUGGGCUCUUGCGUUGGUUAUCAUGCUUCCGUCGGCUGUGAUGCUGAUGGUGGAGCAAGAGGAGGGUCACUACAUGGUAUCCAGUGACAACCAGACCUACCCUCUCUACUACUGCUAUGAGACCUGGCCUGACCCGGAGAUGAGGAAGGUUUACACCAUGGUCCUGUUCACACACAUCUAUCUGAUGCCCCUGGCUCUCAUCAUGAUAAUGUAUGGCUGCAUUGGGGCCAAGCUCUACUCUACAGCUGUUCUGUCCAGUAGGGGGCACCCGGACGUCAAGUCCCCCAUCUCCCAGAGGAAAGUCAAAGUGGUUAAGAUGCUAAUUGUGGUGGCCCUCCUCUUCAUGCUGUCCUGGCUGCCACUCUGGACCCUGAUGCUCCUCACAGACUACGCCAGACCUGAAGGGGACCAGCUGGACCUUCUGACAGGCUACAUCUUCCCUUUCUCCCACUGGCUGGCCUUCUCCAACUCCAGCAUCAACCCCAUCAUCUAUGGCUACUUCAAUGAGAACUUCAAGAAGGGCUUCCAGGCUGCCUGUCACCCUAGAUCAUGUUGCAGCGUGGUCCCUCAGGGGCAGGUGGUGAGCAAGGCUCAGCGGAGGCACAAUGCCAGAGCCCCCCGGAACACAGCCCUCAGUGCCAACUUUCUCACCACCCUGGGGGUGAGGAACCGCAUCUACACCGACAGCGACCUGAUGGGCUGCGUGUCUCUGGAGAUGGAGCAGAGGAAGGAGGAAGGCUCUGCAGAGGCUCCUGGGCAGAGGGAAGUAACAGUAACAGUAGAGUGUCAAUAAAAAGGGGUGUUCAUGCAGAGGAUGUGGAUAGACUCUUUUCAAUG